AAGGAAGGAAGGAAGGACGGACGGACGGACGGACGGACUUUCCUCUCUCCAGUCCUGUGUCCUGCUGUGCUUGUGCAGAGAGUAAGUGGGGUGCCAUGGGGAUUGGAGAAUGGUUAGGUCCUGUGGAGAAGGAAAAGCUUUUGCUGCUCAAAACAGGAGGUGAAUCACUGUGGGUAAGACUGACAGCUCUUUAUCCCUGUCUAGUUCAAGGGACUCUCUAGACAAAAAGGCCCCGUAUUAGCAAGGUGAUGGACUUUUCCAGCCCUGGCUCCCAGCAUUGCGACCUGGAGCUCCUAGGAAAUACCAGCAUGAAGCUACUUCCAGAAGCCCACAUGAGUUUCAGCAAAAGCAGAGUUUGGGUCCCUUUGACAAAAGGGUUUCACUGCAGCCUGUCACGUCUCAGAUGAAGCUUCAGGAACAGGAUCGUUUGCCAGUAACCACUACCUUGUGCUGAUGUUAUCUAGUUUCUGCAGAAUGAACUUGCUGAGUUGUCAUCUGUGACACCAUCAGGGGAAGUCCUGGCUCCUGACACUGCAGUUCCUGCAUCUGCUUUGCCAUGGCCCCAAUUCCAGCAGCAUCAUCUGGGCUGGUUGGAUUUGCUGGAUACCUGCUUGUGCUGAAAGGUCAGAAUGUCAUGGGGUUGUCAGAAAGAACUGGGCAGCAAGGCUGUGCUGCAGGCCUGCGGGCUCCCAAAUCCAAUGGAGACACUAGCAGACUAACAUUGUUUCUGGCUGAGGAUAAAAUGGCUACUGACAGCUUAUCUCAAGGUGGUGCUGAAAGCUUGGUGACCAGGCAAGCAGCAAGAAGGGGUUUGCACUAGAGCUAACAUGUGGGUAUUGGCAAGUACUUCUCAGUACGUGGGCUACUGACUUCUAUGACAGAGGCAAACUCCAUGGGUGCCAAGCAGAGGCACUGUUGCGUUUUGUGCUGGUGCAUGCUGGCACUGCUGUAUGACUGGGCAGCAUGAUGCCGCCCUGUGCAGCCAGUGUAACAGGCUGGCAAAGCCAAGCUCACUGGUCCAAACAAACCCCCUCAGCUGCAGGUGCAAGUUGUUCUCCGUGUCUACAAAGUGGAUGUAGGCACCUGUUCUGCUGUCUGUUGAAUACCUGCGGGUUACUGGAUCACAUGCACAAGUUUUAGGAGCAAUGCAAGCAGCCAAUGUACCCUGCAUGACAUGGAGCCUCAUUCAGGCAGGGCUUUGGAGCAGCACAUUUCUUCAUCUGACAGCAACCAACUGCUGUGGCUGCAAGGUCCCACACUGCUUGGCAGCUGAGUUGGCAUGCUGGGGUAGCAGCACCUCUGCAUUUCUCCCAGCCAUGCUCUGGAGUUUGCCUAAGUAGCAGCCGGCACCUGGGUGGUUUAGAUGUGAGUGCAAAAGGGUUCAAGGCUGUGCUCCAAAUUCAAGAUAGAGCUACCUGGUGUGUCCCUCUCAUUGUGCAGUGGUGGAGAAAGGAGGAAGGCUGCAUGGGGAAUGGGAUGAAGAAGAGUACAUCCAUCCCUUAUAAAUGUAAUGCCAUGGUAGAUGGGGGGAAGCUUCCCUCGGCUGCUGUGUUUGCUUCUGUCUUCCCUGCUGUGAAAUCAGUAGACAUCCAAAGAUGGGUGCUGACCUAAAUUAGGGCUGCAGGAAAAUUUCCCUAUGUCGGUACUAAAAGUCCCACUAGUUUAGAGUGGAAACUAGUGAAAUGCUGCAUGAUAGAGAUGUGCAGAGCAAUUCCUGGCUUAAAGAUAAGUCUGUUCCUCUGCUCACCCCCUCACAAGAUGUUCAAAGAAAUGGAAAGACAACUCAUUUCACACUGGUAAACUGACACACUUCUCACAGAGCCAGUAAACUGGUUUGUGCAGGUGGACAAGAUGCCCUGCUGGCCAACAGUUUCAGAUGGCUCACAAAGGAUCAGGUAUUGAUAUGAAAAGCAAGGAUACCCAAAACUGAAUUUAAAAAGUUUGACUUAAAUAAGAUGGCAUGAUUCUUGGACAUCUACUUUGGGAUUCAGGUAAAGAAUGGUGGCAAGGAGCAUCUCUUUUCCUGUCUCUUCUUUGAAACCAGUUUUGGCAUUAUAAGUGGCACCAGGAGGACCAAGUCUUCAAGUCAGGGCCUUGCACCAUCACUGCUGGCAUGGCUUAGGGUGUAGCACCUUUCCCUCGUCCCGCCUCCAAAGCACCAUGAGGGAUGUGGUGCAAUGGGAAGUUGAAGGUCACCUGUGUCCAGGGUGUGACAGCACGUGCCAGUGCUUUGUCCAGGCUGAUGGGGCUUAUACCCAUUUGUGUGUUUUGGUAACUCUGCCAGUGUGGUUCUGCCAUUCAGUGCUACUUGCACAGGCACCAAGUGUACACAGCCACUCUGCUCCAUGCUGUCUGUCCUCGCCCAUGCUGCCUACGAUGUGCUGGACUCCAGCACUGCUUGCACAAGCACCACACGUGCCUGGGCACAAGCUCACUGCAUGUGGGCCCACCAGUGCAGCUGCUUGUGCUGAACACCUCCUCCAAUCAUGCUGCAUGAGCUGAAGGAUUUGGGAAGCUCUUGUUCCUACCAAACGGGGUGGAGAGAAGGGAAAACUGGUGUACACCCCCCCAUAAUCCAAAAGUGAAGAAGGUCCCCUUGAGGUAAGAGUCCAGUACUAGCAUGAGUGUUGUUCACAGCCAUCUCCUGCUGAGGUGGGUGUCUCAGAGUCUAUCUGCAAGAACAUACCCUAAAUAAGCUGUACUCUACCCUUGGGAGCCUUGAACAUGUUUUGUAGUGAUGGGUGGUGUUGAAGGACAUUUUCCUCUGAGUGGAGGAACUCAUGAAGCAGCAAAGUAAUACACUCAAGAGUCAUGUAUUAAUUUAAGAGACACCAUCCACCCCCAUGCCAUGGAUCAUGGCUUCAACCAAAGGCCUGUGAACAUCAAAUCCUCCAUCAAGCAUCAUUCAUCCCCUGGGAGCACAAUUUUUGAUGCUUGGUUGCUGUAGUUGGAUUCACUGCAGCAGUAGCAGAGUCCCAGGGUUGAGUCCUGCUGCCACCGUGGCUGGGCUGAACAGCCACAUGUGCCUCUCCUGCUCUUGUAUCAUCUGGAAAUUCACACACUGGGAAACACAAAGGAAGCUGGGGCCAUGGCCCCUUGCCAUCACCAGUAAGUCUACCCCUGGGUGGAUCAGCCCUUCUGGUUAAACGGGUCACUGCCCUUCCUCUUUGGGCCUUCCCCGUCAUCAUCGAACGAGACUGCCACCGAGAUGAGUCAAACCGUCAGACAACAUCUGCACCCUCCGCACACCACAUCCAUGCGCUUGGAUAGUUCAACUGGUGGGCUCAGCCCAGGCAGCGGAAGCAAAGAAACCCUGGUUGACUGGGGGGCGUCUGGUAGCUGAACCUUUUCAGCGUCCCAAGCGCAGCUGGGUGAUCUGGUUCAUUUUUGACUGAUCCCAGAAGGUAGACGAGGCCUGUGAAGACAGCGGUGAGAGAAAGUUUGGCCUUGAAUGGAUGUACUCUGCCAGGGUUUGAGAUCUGCUGACCUGGAGACUCUUGUAUAAUUCCAUCCCCCCAUCCCCAGCUCUGGACCUGAAAAGAUGGCUGAGAAAAUAGCUUCAUUAAUAGCCCUGAAGCACUCACUCAGUGCUGAAGUGAUGAGCAUUAGAGAGAGUCCAUGAAGAAACGGAAAAGCAGGAUGUUGGAGCACGCUGACUGCAGGACAAGAUGAAGUUUCCGGCCACGUGACUUUCAGCUUACAUCCCUGAGGUUCUGAGAAACCACAGGAGGCUGAGACCUAAAGGGAAGGUGCAGGGGCUCUGAGAGGAGAGGCAGCGAAAGUGUCAGAGGGCAGGAGGACAGAGUGCUUCGGAGACGGGUGAGAGCAGGGAGCCAAGGGCCACAUCAGAGGUGACAGCGGAGGACAAAGCAGAGGCAGAGGAGCAAGACAGAAAGCAGGCACACCAAGAGCACAAAGGAAGCUGAAGAGAUCUUGGGAGCCAGAAACAGCAGCUAUGCCCCACAGCUCCGACAGUAGUGAUUCCAGCAGCUUCAGCCACUCUCCCCCUCCCAGCAAACAGGACUCUUCUGAUGACAUGAGGAAAGUCCAAAGGAGGGAGAAGAAUCGCAUUGCUGCCCAGAAGAGCCGCCUGAGGCAGACCCAGAAAGCAGACACACUGCACUUGGAGAGCGAAGACUUGGAGAGACAGAAUGCCGCCCUGCGCCGGGAGAUCAAGCAGCUGACAGAGGAAAUGAAACACUUCACCUCGAUGCUGAGCUCCCAUGAACCGCUCUGCUCCAUCCUGACAUCCCCUCCACCACCUCCAGAAGUGCUUUAUGCCACACACUCUUUUCACCAGCCCCACAUUAGCUCCCCACGCUUCCAGCACUGAGCCAGCCAGCAGGACAGCAGCCUGCCAGCUCCACUGAUGGAAAAGUAACUUUGUGGGGCUUGCUUUUCCAUCCAAGGGAAGGAAUUGGACAGAUGGACAUUCCUUCUUAAAGUAUGUAUUCUGAGUGAUUUGCCUAAGACUUGCUCCCUGUGCAGAAAUGGCAGAGCAACCGUGAGGUAUCUUUGGCCAGUUUCCAGCUUGGAUUCUGGGAGGAAGAGGCAGUCACAAAAGGGCACCAACCCCCUUCUCUGGUCCUUGUCUGGGGAGACUCACAGAAGCGUGCAGCACCGGCUGCCUCCAUAAGAGCAGCUGGCUGUGACACUCAACAGCCAGACCUCCGGGAAGAGGAAAGGGAGCAGGGGUGGAGGGAAAGGUUGGGGGCCACAGAGCGUCAGGGCAAAGCUGGUUUAUUUUUGUAAAAUAAAGAUUGAAAAUGCUUAA